AGGUUCUACCUCUACGUGUCAUUUAACUCGAUUCUACCGGCUGACUACUUUUUAUUGUUUUUACUUUUAGUAGGGAGUUGGACUUCCACUGAGUACCAUCUCUUAACGUUUCGUUGCUGUAGCUGCCGUCAGACAUUUUGUCAAGUCAUAGAUCUUUGUUGAAUUUGAACAUUCUGUUUUACGAUUUUUAAAGGUCUGAAAAUGGUGGUUAAAAUCAAGGCAGGCCCAGUUGUGGACAUCCUAGGAGAUGAGAUGACAAGAGUGAUUUGGGAUGUUAUAAAGGAAAAAUUAAUUUUGCCUUUUGUUGAUGUCGAAUUGCAUACUUAUGAUCUUGGCAUUGAGAACAGGGAUAAAACUGAUGAUAAGGUGACGGUGGAAUGUGCUGAGGCAAUUAAGAAGUACAACGUAGGGAUCAAAUGCGCCACGAUCACCCCUGAUGAGAAAAGGGUCGAGGAGUUUAAGCUAAAAAAAAUGUGGAAGUCUCCCAACGGUACGAUCAGGAAUAUCCUCGGCGGUACAGUAUUCAGAGAGCCGAUUAUUUGCAAAAACAUCCCGAAACUUGUUACUCCGUGGGAGAAGCCGAUUAUAAUCGGCAGACAUGCCCAUGCAGAUCAGUACAAAGCUACUGAUUUCUUGGUGCCAGGCGCUGGGAAACUGACUCUCAGCUUCACUCCCGUUGGCGCUAAAGAGCCGACAAUCGUAGAAACAGUACACAAUUUCGAAGGUCCAGGAGUCACGAUCGGUAUGUACAAUACUGACCAGUCAAUAGAAGCGUUUGCGCAUUCGUCAUUUAAAUACGCCCUGGUCAGAAAGUACCCUCUCUACCUCAGCACUAAAAACACAAUUUUAAAGAAAUACGAUGGACGAUUCAAAGACAUAUUUCAAGAAAUUUAUGAACAGAAGUACAAAGUGGAUUUUGAAAAAAGUGGCAUUUGGUACGAACACAGGUUGAUUGAUGAUAUGGUCGCCUAUGCUUUAAAAUCUGAAGGCGGUUUCAUAUGGUCAUGUAAAAAUUAUGAUGGUGAUGUUCAGUCUGAUUCUGUGGCACAAGGAUUCGGCUCUCUCGGACUUAUGACUUCAGUUCUUGUGUGUCCUGAUGGUAAAACGAUCGAGGCAGAAGCGGCUCACGGCACGGUGACUCGGCAUUUCAGGUUCUACCAGCAAGGCAAAGAGACCUCGACCAACCCGAUCGCUUCCAUCUUCGCCUGGACUCAAGGCCUAGCCCACAGAGCAAAGCUUGACAAAAACCAAGAAUUGGCCAAUUUUGUAAAAGUGCUGGAAACCGUCUGUGUACAGACGAUCGAAUCCGGUUACAUGACUAAAGAUUUGGCCAUUUGCAUAAAAGGCAUGAACAAUGUUAAAAGGGAAGACUACCUCGAAACGUUUGCCUUUUUGGACAAAUUAGCUGAAAAUCUCAAAAUCGCCUUGAAAGCCUGACUAACUUCUAAAAUAUAAAACAAUAAAACCUGAUACAGGACUGUCUUUAA